AUGCGGCUCCGCCUCGGAGGUCUGCGAGUCCGAGGCGCCCAGCCAAGCUCCGGGCGAGGCUCCCGGCUCUGCGGUCGCUGCCGGCGCUGGCGCGGGCGGCGGCAGGGCGCCGGUUUCGCAGGCGUGGCACCGCGGCGAGGGGCACGUCGGCGUCGGCGGCCUCCUGUCGCCGCCGAUGGCUGCGGGGAGUACCCUGUCGGCUCGCGGCCUCGGGCGGCUGCGGUCCAAGGACAGAGGGGGGCCGUGCUACGUCCAGGAAGGUGGCGGCGCCGUCCAAGGACGGAUCGCCUGGAGCCCCUGGCCGAGUCCCCGACGCCUCCCGCGCGGCAGCCCGCCGACGCCAUCUGGGAGGCCAGCCCAGAGGCAGAGGAGAAGACGAAGAAGGAGGCCGACGAACAGGCCAAGAGAGAAGCUGAGGCCAGAGCGAAGAAUGAAGCGGAGGAGAAGGCCAAGAGAGAAGCCGAGGCCAAGGCGAAGCGAGAGGCGGAGGAGACGGCCAAGAGCGAAGCCGGAACGCAAGUCUCCGAGGAUGACCCCAUGGCCCUGGUCUUCGGGAUGCUGGGCACCUUCUCUGGCCAGCUCGCGGCGGGCGUCGACGAGGAGGAGAAGGCAGCGGAGAAGACGCAGAAGGAGGCGGACGAAAAGGCCAAGCGAGAAGCUGAGGCCAAGGCGAAGAGCGAAGCGGAGGAGAAGGCCAAGAGGGAAGCCGAGGCCAAGGCGAAGCAAGAGGCAGAGGAGACUGCCAAGAGAGACGCCAGAAGUCAAGUCUCCGAGGAUGACCCCAUGGCCCUGGUCUUCGGGAUGCUGGGCACCUUCUCUGGCCAGCUCGCGGCGGGCGUCGACGAGGAGGAGAAGGCAGCGGAGAAGACGCAGAAGGAGGCGGACGAAAAGGCCAAGCGAGAAGCUGAGGCCAAGGCGAAGAGCGAAGCGGAGGAGAAGGCCAAGAGGGAAGCCGAGGCCAAGGCGAAGCAAGAGGCAGAGGAGACUGCCAAGAGAGACGCCAGAAGUCAAGUCUCCGAGGACGCGGCCGUCGACGUCAACCUGAAUCAUCCGAUGUUGAUCAGCCUGAACAAUGCACUCCUCGCGCCGCACUCCACGUGCGACUCCGCUUCGGACGUCUGCGACUCGGAGAUGCCCAGCCGCAGGCCCUCUCUCGGCUCGUGCGAGGCCGCGGGCCUCCUGCGGCGGUCCGCGGCGUGA